UAGCUUACGGGGAUAAUUGACGGAAACUAAAUCCGCCACUGGCUUUCUAAUCAUUUUCCUCAUGAACGAAUUGAAACGGGCAGCAAGGUCAAGCUGGACUGGGAAGCUCUCAUGGAGAUCAACAAGAAAGAGGACAAAGGAGAAGAUGACAGCCCUGAGGGGGAGAUGACAAAGGAGGAUGUUUCAGAGCCUGUCGAGGGAGACCCUGUGCUGGGCUGGGCCUCUUCCCAUCAGCGUCCGGUUAUCCACCAGGUGGCCUCUGCACCUAUGCCCAGUGACUGUGAGUUCUCCUUCUUUGACCCCAGUGAGCCGCAGUGCAGGGAGGUUCUUCUGGAUCCCAGCACCACCAUACCAGAGCUGUUUGCUGUCCUCAGGCAGUGGGUGCCCCAGGUUCAGAAGAACAUUGACCUCAUCAGCAAUGAGAUCCUAAAGAGAGGCUGCGGUGUGAAUGAUCGAGACGGUCUGACAGAUAUGAGCCUCCUGCACUACUGCUGCAAGGCUGGGGCCCCAGGCAUCGGUGAUGCAGAGACAGCAGCCAGCUUUGCCAGACAGCUCCUUUCCCUGGGUGCUGAUCCCAACCUUCGGUCACGCUGGACUAACAUGAGGGCGCUGCACUACGCUGCCUACUUUGAUGUGCCCCAGCUUAUCCGGGUGGUGUUGCAGGCCUCCCAGCCUGGAGAGGUAGAUGCCACCUGUAGUGAUUUUGACUUUGGCACCGCCCUACACAUCGCUGCGUCCAACCUGUGUAUGUCAGCUGUCAAAUGUCUCUUGGAGCUGGGAGCCAACCCUGCCUUCAGAAAUGAAAAAGGGCAGUGCCCAGCAGAUGUGGUGCCUGACCCUCUCGACAUGCCCUUGGAGAUGGCAGAUGCAGCCGCUGUGGCCAAAGAGCUUCGCGCUCUGCUGAGACAGGCUUUACCCAGACCCAGCUCCCCUCUGCCCCUUACACUGCAAGCCCAGUCCCUUCCUGCUGUCUCGGAUAAGGCCAGGAUACAGCUCGCCACCAUGGGAAUCCGACUCGGUGACCGUGUGGUAAUUGCUGGACAGAAGGUUGGAACCCUGCGGUUCUGUGGCAGCACUGAGUUCUCUGGAGGCCUCUGGGCCGGAGUGCAGCUUGACAAACCGGAGGGGAAGAAUGAUGGCUCAGUAGCGGGGGUUCAGUAUUUCACCUGUCGAAUGAAACAUGGUAUCUUUGCUCCCCUCUCUAAGAUAAGCAAACCUUUGGAAAGACAUAAAAGCAGCACCACCAAGAUGUCUACACCCACACGCCCCCCUCGUCGCAUUGACCUGUCCCGCAUCACCUCUAAGAUAAACACGGGUUUAUCUCCAUCUGUCAAAAAAACCCUUGAUAAUCAAAAAAGUCCACCUGGUCCCAAUCAGGGCACAGAGGGAGACGCCUCAGUGACAAAGACAGGUGCUCUCUCCCGCUCUCUCUCCUCUUCGUCCUCUUCCCUGGACUCUCGACAUGGGCCAGGUGCCCGACCUCGUCCACUGCCAAGGCAACGUCUUCCUGCCAGGCAGCGAAGACAGCGGGCUUCCUUGAGUCCCAGAACCACGCCCUCACUGGUCCUCCGCUCUUCUACUGAUACCUCUGCACUUACUACUGCAGGUCUUCGAAGCCGAACCCCCUCAACUAGUAGCUCUGUGUGUGGAGGCCCCGAGGUACGCCUGGGGGAGAGGGUUCUGGUGGUAGGCCAGAGGACCGGUGUAGUCCAAUUCUAUGGAAAGACCAGCUUUGCUCCAGGGCUCUGGUUGGGCAUUAGACUGGACAAGCCAAGCGGUAAGAAUGAUGGAUCAGUGGGAGGAGUGAGGUACUUCAGCUGCCCACCAAAGCAUGGCGUCUUUGCUCCUCCAUCUCGUGUUCAGAGUGGUCACCUAGGGAAACAACAGACAGAUUUAUCAAACAAAUAUCUUUAAAUCCAUUGUUAGUUCAGAGCAGAUCUUUGAAGAAUUUGACAAUAUUCCUUGAAAACCCUGAGGUUGUGUUUCAUUGCCCUCAUCAGUACAUCUAAUGGCACUAAUGAGCUCCUUUUGACAGUGUCAUUUGUGGGAGUGUUGACAUGUUUGAUUUUGCCCUCAA